UUUACUGUUUACACAAGCUAUUUGGAAAACAAACAAUGUUCGAUACAACCAAAUACUUUCCGCGUUAUGUGGAUUCGGAGCACCCUUCGCAACUGGAACCCGAAGAACCACCGCCUUCGUACAUACCGGUUACCUAUGACAUGGUUCACAACCUGGACUGCAGUCUGCAGGAUGAUCCUUUAGUACAGGAAGCCUCAGUACAGAAAGCCUCAGUACAGGAAGCCUCAGAAUCCGAACCGAAUACCAAAACUUCAGAGAGAAACUUCCCUCUAACUCCCCAAACUUUAGAGGCCGCUCACGCUGCAACUCCCCCUUCAACUCCCCAAACCUCAGUGUUCCCCCAAUCAACUCCCCAACUGAUGAUUAUUUUCGAGGAAGGGGACAUCAACAGUGCCCUGCACUUUCUCCUGGAAUCAGCCCACUAUCCCUUUUCCUCGAAUGCGGUGGCAAUGGUUCUGGUUGAGGAGAGAAUUCGCGAGGAUAUCGUCAAGAGAAUCCUUCCCAAGCUGCACCCACUUUCUGAAUCCGUGGCUGAACAUCCCAAUUUCUUGCAAGCACUGGAAAAGUUAGAGGACUCCAGUCUGGAAGUAAUUAAAGCCGACGUUACUGAGGUGGCUCCUCCACUGGCUUCGCCAAUAUUCGUUUGUGAAUGCCCCUUGGAAGAGCUGGGAGAAUUUCCAACCGGUGUCAUCACAUUUCACACAUUCCGGAACAAUCAGGAGGCCAUCGACAUCUGCCAGCGAGAAACCCUUUCCUUCUCAUCCGUCUCCAUUUGGAACGAAUCCCUUGAAGGGUGCUAUGAACUUGUGGUGGCCUUGAGUUCACCCAGUUAUUUCUUUAACUGCACCAAUGUGGACCUGAUCCCGAUCUCCAAGCAGCUUAAGGGAGAGCGAAAUUGCGUGAUAAUAGAAAAUGGAUUCCACUUCGAAACCCUGCACAUCUACGAGCAAUUCAAAUCCAUAGUGUUUCCCAUUGGAGAGCUAAUCUUGCCCACUUCCGAAGACCCAAAGGAGGAACCAGCUCCCAUCUCCUUUUUGGAUCCCUAAUAUCAGACUUCAACAUCUUGGUUCCUCAUCAGAAAUCCAUUUUGGUUGCCGAAAAUGUUUGUUAAAUACAAAUUGUAAGUUAUUUUUGGGUCUCUUUAUGAUAAUUGACAUUGACGAUGCGAUCGAAUAUGAUGGCAGCUGUCAGCGGUAAUAACAACA